AUGCCAUUUCGAAUUUCUGAUACAGACGUCGGCGAAACCGCACAAACACGUGCCACUCCCGGCAAACUCGCCAAUACUGACGAGGAUUGGACCAAGAUUUCCGAUCUUGCUGAGUGUCGCAGGAUUCAGAACCGUAUUGCCCAACGCAACUACCGCAAAAAGCUGAAGCGUAAAGCAGAAAAUACCGCAACGUCCAUUCAUCCCAAUUGUCCAGAGUCAAAUUCUGAAGUCCCCCACCAUGACGCAGAAGAGGCGUACCUCCGUAGGGUCCAUUGA